AUGUUAAACAAAAGUGUCAAUAGGACAAAUAGUAUAGGUGGCAACAUCAAUAAUAGUAGUAAUAGUGUAAAUAGACAGAUAUUCCUCAAUCAAAAGUUCCACUUCCUCGAACGAUUCGCCACAGACAACCCAACCAAAUGUUCACAACUUACCAACAAGAUCAUUGCUGCUGGUGGCAAGCGUGACUUGAAUGAGUCUGAGUGUAUUGUAGUGUUGGAUGAGUUCUUCAAUGAAGAGUAUAAUCAAAGAAGGAAACAGGGUGUACCAAUGAUUGGAAUACCUUACUUGGAGGAGUGCCUGUCAAAGGGCACACCAAUCGAUAUUGGUAAGGUAGCAAACACACCAUUGUACACCAAUUGUCUUGAAGGACAGGUCAUAUGUAUCAAUGAUCAAAAGGACCAUCGAAACGAACUCAAACAGCGUGUGGAGGCAAUGAAUGGAACAUGUACAUUUUCACUCGACAACACCGUCACUCAUCUCCUCACUUCAAACCUUUAUUCCAAGAAGUCUGUCGCCGCAAGACAGAGUAGUAUAUACAUUCAAUUCGCCACUGUUGAAUGGUUACGCGAAUGCUGGAGAGAGAAAACAAUGGUUAAUCCAAUGCCAUUCAAUAAGCCAGUGUUUCGUGGAUGUACGAUAUGUCCGACGGGCUUCUCACAGGAGGAGAAGAGAGGGAUAGAGAAGUCCAUCGUCGAAAAUGGUGGCCAAUAUACAGCAACACUGGACAAGUCCUGUUCACAUCUGCUGGCCAAGGAGCAGUCUGGGAUGAAGUUUGACAAGGCACGCGAAUGGAGUCUCUUCAUUGUCCCCAAGGCAUGGCUUGAUGAGUCGAUAACCAAUGGAAUCCAGAACGAAAGAGACUAUGUGGUCGACGUGAUUUCAAAGAGCUUGACAUCACCCGCCUCUCAGGGGUCACUCAUCAAUCCAAUCAACAGCUACAUCCCCACGCCUCUGCCAUCCACCGCAGAGAGAGCUGCGGCAGUCUUGACACCCAGCUUCAAUCAGCAGACGCCACAACAUCAUCUUCAGCAGCAGAAGCAACAAUAUCAAAGCACCCCUCCACCGGUGGGCGAUGAGGACAUUGAGAUGGGAGGUGAGGAGCCCAACCUGUUCCGUUCAAAGCACUUUACAGUGGUUGGCUUUGAAGAUGCCACAGAAAGAAGAUUCAUCAUUGAUACAGUGUCGCGCUAUGCCACCUUUAUCGACGACCAAUCACUCCCGGUCAAUCUGUUGGCAGACCCAUCACUUAGGAUACACUUUGUAUUCGUGCCUCAUGCCACCAAGGUGGAGAAGUCGCUUCUGCCAGUGUCGGCGCAGGUCGUGUCGGUUGACUGGUUCGACGCUUGUCUCCGAGAGAACAAGAUCCUCGACCCCUCAUCAUGCGUCUACUACCGGCCAUUUAUUCGUUUAGGAGUCUUUAAGGGAUUACGAAUAGUGGCCACAGGCUUCUCAGAUAAGGAAACGGACAACCUGCGAAUGACAUCCAAGCUCCUCAAGGCCAGGUUCACAAUGUUGGUCAAAGGAGCUACUACACAUCUUGUGGUGGCGACACCCGUCGAUCCAAACAACCAAGAGUUGGCCAAAGCAUUGCAACUGAACGCUGAGCGACCAAACAGACUGAUUCAUCUGGUCACUGCACAAUGGGUAUACGAGUCAGCAAAGAGUGGAGAGAUAAUCAACGAGUCAUACUUUGCCGUUAACUUACUCAAAGGAAAGAGGAUAUUCAUCUCUUCAAAAUAUAUAACAGAGGACAGACUCAAGUAUAGCAGUUGGAUCAAGGAGCUUGGAGGGGAGACUGCCGACACAUUCUUUGAGUCGAUCACACAUUACAUGGGCGACGAAUCAAACUACUUGGAGACACAAAAGUUCAUCGACUCUACCUUUGUCAAGGUCACAUCAAAGUGGCUCGAGAAGUGUUGGGUCGGCAACAAACUGUGCAGUGAGGAUGACUUCCAACCAAUCGACGCCACCGAGCAUACCAAUCGUGACGAUCCAGUGGUGCUCCAGGUCAUCGCCAGGACACCCUCACAACUCUUUAGUGGCACUCCAGCCAUCAAGACAGAACCCAAUGAACCACAGCACAGCGAUGUCAAGGUCGAGAAGGCCCAGACCGCAAACGACGACAAUGUGGUGAAGAAGGAGAAGGAGAACGAAGAGGUGGCAAAGGUAAAGGAGGAAGACACCUCUGACCUCAUGCUUGAGGACAGCAGUGGAGAUGAGAAGGAAGGUGCUGCACAGAAACCCUCCUCCAAGCUGGAUCUUUUGUUCAAAGCCCUCGAUAACUUGCCCGAGCAAACGAAUCACAAGAACAACGGUUACGCCCUCCCAGUGGCGGGCACCGCCAAGCGGAAGCCAAUCCAAGCAAUCACCAGUAUCAUUCCAAAAUCAAAGCCUGGUCUAGAUCUUUUACAAUUCCAAUCUCAAGAGGAUGCAGACGACGACGAGGAUAAUAGUGGUGACGAGGAAGAUAUACUGUCUCAGAGAGUGACCUACGGAGAGGGAUCAGAGCAGAUCAAACGAAUGAAGCUGAUGCAGUCCAAGCCAUUCUUUAGUCACAAGAACUCUACAACCUCAUCCUACCUGAGCAAGAAAGACUCUGAUCAACAGAUGCUACUGGAUAUUUUGAAGAAAGGUCAUCCCGUCAACGCUAAACCAGAGCUGCCACAGUUCUAUCUAUUGUCUGGCUUUGAAGAUUCCAACCGUCCCUCUGAGGAUCUGAUGAACUCAUUCUCUCGAAUCACUGGCAUACAACGACAGCCAGAACCCGAAUUUGUUCCUGGCAAGACGACUCACAUCAUUGUUCAGCAACCAAAGAAGUCUGAAAAGUAUCUAUGUGGAUGCGCUGCAGGCUGUUGGCUUGUGUCACGCGACUACGUGGAUGCCGUACAGAGACAGGGCACGCCACUCGAUGAGGCACCCUUUGAGUGGAGUCAACAGCCAUCAGAGGAGAGUGCCAUUGCAAACUCAUCCAAGCUGUGUCGCGAGGCUGUGCAACGAUUAGGACGACCUCUCUUCUCCAAGGUGGUGAUCGUCGUGGAGAAGAAGAUGAACAUUUGGUACAACAUCCUCAAGUGUGGCGGUGCCACCGCCUACUACGACACCGAUCCCAAAGUAACAGGAGUGACACACAAACUCUGCACCAAGGUUCCAGACAGGAUGGCGCCCGAACUCAAGUAUGUGACAACGAACGAUCUCCUGCAUCAAUACAUCAAGUUUGGAAAACACUUGGUUCCACAAUAA